AUGCACGCAGCUCCGCAGCUUCUGUUGUACACCGUGAGGGAGGCGUGGUGGCCGGUCGCCGGCCGCUCGCUCGCGCGCCGCGUCGUGCACGCCUGCAUCACGUGCGCCCGCCUGCGCGCCCAGACACUACAACCCAUCAUGGGUAACUUACCCGCGCAAAGGUUACAACCUGGGUUUCCAUUCGAACGCUGUGGGGUAGACUACGCUGGUCCUGUGCUCAUAUUGAACCGUAGAGGUAGGGGUGCUAUCAUGGUAAAGGCAUACAUAUGCAUAUUUGUAUGCUUUGUAACACGCGCAGUGCAUUUGGAGCUCGCUUCAGACUUAUCAUCAGAGGCUUACAUAUUAGUUCUGAAGCGAUUUAUUAGUCGUAGAAAUAAACCUGCAGAAAUAUUUUCUGAUAAUGGAAAAAACUUUGUAGGCGCUAAUAAUGAACUUUCUAAGUUCCUUAAGAACUGUUCCGAUGAAAUAAAAGAUUACGCAACUUCUCAAAGUAUAAAAUUUCACACUAUACCUCCGUACGCUAGUCAUUUUGGGGGCUUGUGGGAACGUGGAGUCAAAAGUUGUAAGCACCACUUGCGACGAGUGGUAGGUAACGCGCAUCUAACUUUUGAAGAAUUCACGACAGCUUUGACACAAUUUGAAGCCAUACUAAACUCUCGCCCAUUAACUCCAUUGUCCUCUGACCCCAACGACUUCCUUCCUCUAACUCCUGCCCAUUUCCUGGUUGGCCGUCCACUUACAGCACCUGCCACCGCCGACCUGCGAGACAAGCCGAUGCUGCGCCUCACACGCUACCAGAGAGUCGAGCAGAUCCGCCAGCACUUCUGGGCCAGGUGGUCCAAGGAGUACGUCUCGGAGCUGCAGCAGAGGAUCAAGUGGAGGACGAGCAGUGAGGACUUGAAGGAGCACACCAUGGUUCUCAUCAAAGAUGACAAUCUACCACCAUUGAAGUGGAGCCUGGGUCGCAUCACACGAGUCUACCCGGGCAGAGAUGGCAUAUCAAGAGUGGCCGAUAUCAGAACCGCCAAUGGGACUACACGCAGGGCAUUCUCCAAAAUAUGCCCGCUUCCUGUGGACGACUGUUCCUGUUGAAACCUGACGGUUCCAAGGCCGGGAGUAUGUUACGGCACACUAGUACGCUAGCUGAUAAGCAGAGCAGCUAAUACACGCACUGAGCACUAGAUGGCGCCACUCUCGGAAUAUCACGUCAUGAACAGCCAAUCAGAGCCAGCCUUCAUCACGACAUAUUCACGGGGACCAAUAAGAAGACGCCAACACGAUGUCCGCCUGCCUACGUCAUUGAAGAAGCCUGUAGAACCUCACACGCGCAACCAACACUCACACAUUCGAAUUCGCCUCUCACCUAACUGCCACUGUAUAUUUAAAAUAUUGUAAAUAAUUAAUAAAAUCAAAGUCUACACGCAAGAAAGUUGUCGCCUACAUCAUUUCCACAACCACCAACUGGAGAGCCUAUGAACGCAGCCCUAAGCCCC